GAUUCCAUCUCUCAUUUGUUUCUUACCGUUCGUUCCACAACCAUCCGUCCAUCAAUCCACCCCUCCUCCUCGGCCCGCUCCACCAAUCGAUCUCUUGUUCCCCAUCUGCGCUGCAUCCUUCGUCGAGCAGUUGAUCGCACAAGAUAGAAAGAAGGAGAGGAGAGGAGAGGAGCCGAGGGGGUUACUUGCUUUCCUUAAAAGGGGGCAAUUACCCGUUCCAUUUAGUCGUCUUCGGAUUAUCAAUCUUAACUAGUUGGACCUUUGACUCGAGAGGAAAUUUCUAGCUUGUUAUGCUUCUGGCAUUCUGUUGGAAAGGCUUCAUCUUUUUACCUUGACGGGACAAAAUUUGGAAUUAGGGCUUGAUUGCGUAGCGCAACCUCUCUCCUCUUUUUGUGCAGGUUCAAUUUGAUUUAAUGCCAGAUCAAAAGAACUUUGCUCCACCCUAUGACAAUUCAUUUGAAUUCGAACCUGGUUCUAGUUCUAGCAACUCGAUGAAUCAGCAAGUCUUGUGGAAUAACAUGCUUUUCAAUCCAACAGAGGUUCAGAGCAUGACAGGCCGGAUAACAGCAUCUGGAGUUAUAAAUAUUCCAUGCCUAAACAUGGCUAAUCAAGAUGAUGCUCAAUCAAGUAUUUGGGGCUCAAGAGGCUCUAGUUCUUCUAGCCAACACCAUCAACAAGGCAUCCAUGAAGAAAACAAAUGGGAGCAUGGCUGGGCACCAUCGACAACAGUUACUUCCCGAGGUGGGCCGAGGAUAGAAGACAAUCAUUCUUAUGGCUCUCCAAUGCUUUCAUUGGAUACGGUCAGUAGAAGCCUUAAUGUAGCUCAAGUUGAUGGGAUCCAGUCCUUUUCACAAAAUAAUCCAUGGUUCAACAAUUCACAUCAGAAUAGAGAUAUUACUGCUUCUCAAGUUGGUUUAGGCAACAAUCUCUCAGAGUCAACAUUUUCUCAACCUCCUUAUAUGUUGGGUUUCUUAGAUGGCGAAAGUGUUUCCAUGCCAAUUGAUUUAUCCUCUGGUGAAAGUUCCGAGAAUGUUGGUCUUUUGAGGGAAGAUGAUGACAGACCAGAGAAUUCAUUGGAUGGACGACGCAUAUCCUGUAAAAGAAAGAAUAGCGAAGGUUCUCCUGGACAGUCUUCAGUAAGUGGAAAUGCAAGCACUUCUCAGCAAAGGGACAACAGUUUACUGUAUUCUCAUAUAUAUAAUCCUGUGACUACAAACAUUUCUAGUUCUGCAGGGUAUCCUUCUAUUCCACUUCCUCCUGAAGAGUAUCCCAUUACUUUGGGCGCUAUUGCAAGAGGAGUGGCCUCUGAUUGUUAUCCCUCAGCAAGUGCAGCAGGGCAUGCAGGAACCUCACGGAGAAAUCAUCGAGUGAGAAAUAACCCUGCUCUGCCACAUCCCAAUUCAUGGUCAGUAAAUACUAUUAGGCAACCAGAUUCCUGGCUAUAUAAUCAACCACCUCUUAAUAUCUCACAAAAUCAGUCUCUCGAGCCAACACAAAUCCUAACACCUACAAGUUCUCAAAACCAGCCUCUUAUGCCAAUUGUUUCUGGCUUACCCCAAAUUGUAUAUCAUGUUCCAUGGAGUGGACCUUCAAAUUCAAGAAUUGGUACAUCAUCAGGCUCAUUUAGUGCAGAGGACAGAAUUGUUGCUGCAACAGAGACAAGUCAGUCGAGUAAUAUGCCGGUUCUUAGCAAUUUGGAACUUGUUCCUGCAACAAGUGUAAGGCACAUGCCACAACACCGCACAAACAGGAGUUUAGGCGGUAGAAGUGUAAACAUGGCUACAAAUUCACAAGCUGGUACAAGCUCAGGGUUGUAUCCAACAUUAGCUUCUUCUUGGGUACCUCAUCAAAAUCCUACACAAUUUCCUCCCUUGACAGAAGCUACUUAUCCGUCUUUAUUUCCACCUGGAAGCUCUGAAUCUGGAGGUCAGGGUACUAACUUUCCUCCACUACAUUCUGGUCACUCUUUUAGCUCACACGAGGUAGCUCAGAUUAGAGCAAGUUUGCGUGGCCCACCACCUAUGUCACAUGCAAGGUCACCAAAUUUGUUGAGAAGGCGCAAUCAUGGUCUUUUGGGUGCUCCCAUAUCUCUUAGAAGUUUAACUGCUGCAGGGGAGGAUAGAAGUAGGAUGUUGUCAGAGGCAAUAUGGCUUCAACCAAGGCUCUUUAGAUUUAGAUACAUUGCUAGCCUAAGAUAUGGAUUGUCUGAAGAAGUGGUUCAAUGGUGGUUGUUGUGGGUGGAGCCACAGUUCAAAGAACUAGGGAUGACAUGUUGGAACUUCCUAGCUUCUUACUACAUAAGUUUACAUGGAACUAUUCUUUGCUUCAUUCUAAUCCUCACAAUUAUCUUUACUGCUCAAACAUCUCUGUGGAAGGAUGUGUUUAUCCUUGAUCAGACUCUAAUUUUGGCGGGCAGCGAUUUUCACGAUAGGCAUAGAGACAUGCGUCUUGAUGUUGAUAAUAUGUCAUACGAGGAACUCUUGGCAUUGGAAGAAAGGAUAGGUAAUGUAUGCACUGGAUUGACUGAAGAAAAAGUUAUCAAGUGUCUAAAACAACGAAAGCAUUCAUCGACAACUCUCGGAAAUACUAUGGAACACGAACCGUGCUGUAUCUGCCAGGAAGAAUAUGUUGAAGGUGAUGGACUUGGGAUCUUGGAUUGUGGGCACGACUUCCACACGGCUUGCAUCAAGCAGUGGCUGAUGCAUAAGAAUCUUUGCCCUAUUUGCAAAAAUACUGCUCUGCACACAUGAUGAUGCUUCGUUGGUGUGACUCAGGUUAUCAAACUCAAUCAGGGAGGAUCCUCCUCGAGUAACUUGAUUCAUCACAUCGGAUUAUUGUAGCCUAAAAUUAAACGCAGAAUGCUUUAUUUUUCUGAGAUUCCAACUGUCAAAUUUUACCAAUGGCUCAAAUUGGAGUCAGUUGACUGAAACUACCCUACUUUUCAAUAAUUAAGCAAACUCUAAACUGGCGAAAAUAUGGUGAAAUAGGUCUUUAUGGUUUGAUGCUUCAUUGUCAAAGGGUAGUGGGGUGGAUGCCUCCCUUCAAGACAGACUGAUGAUGCUAUUAGAGUUUGUAUUGUUAAACAUUAUGGCAUCAUCUAUUUUUCUGUAUGGAUUGCUUCAACAUAAUGCAACUUUGCCAAUGAAUGCUA